AUGGAUGCUUUGGGCAGUCUCCUUCCUCCCGUGGUUGGAAAUGGUGAUACGGCUAAUUCACAAGAAUUACAGAAACUUCUGAUUGAUGAAAAAAUGCGAUGUGAAUACCAUAAAGCAAAUUAUCAAACUAUGAAGGCAGAACACGUAAGAUUACAGGAGGAAUAUGCAAAAUCACAAGAUGAUCUGAAGCGGUUGUUAGUUGAAAAGCAGGCUUUACAUGACAAAUUUCAGUUUCUUCUUGCUGAAUGUCGAGAGGAGUUGCUGGGUAAAACAGAAGAGCUGGAAAAACUGAAGGUGCAGGUGCUAACUCCUCAAAAACUAGAACUGUUAAAAGCACAAAUACAGCAGGAACUGGAAUCUCCUAUGACAGAACGUUAUCAGAAGCUAGAAAAUGAAGUGGAAAAGUACAGAACAGAAUAUAACAAACUUCGUUAUGAACAUACUUUUCUGAAAUCAGAAUUUGAACAUCAAAAGGAAGAACAUGCACAUAUUUUAGAGGAGAAGAAAAUAAAAUAUGAGGCUGAGAUUGCAAGGCUGGAUAAAGACAAAGAAGAACUCCAUAAUCAGCUGCUUAGCGUUGAUCCCACGAGGGACGGUAAACGUGUGGAGGCCCUCACUAGAGAAAAGGCACAACUGUAUCAGAAAUUAAAAGGCUUAGAAGCAGAAGUAGCAGAACUAAGAGCAGAAAGAGACAAUUGUGGUGUGCAAGCAGAAAAUGUUCAAAGAGUACAAGUACGACAGUUAGCUGAGAUGCAGGCUAUGGCAAGGUCUCUAGAGGCAGAAAAGAAGUCUGCUGAAUUACAGAUUGAUCGAAUUGAGAAAGAGCUGCGGAUGAGUCACGAGCAAAACAUUCUCUUAACUAGCAAACUUCACAAAGCUGAGCGAGAAGUCAGUUCCUUAGCUGCUAAAGUAAAAGAACUUAAACAUUCGCAUAAAUUGGAAGUAACGAAUGUCAAACUGGAGGCAGCGAGAACAAAGAGUGAGGUAGAAAGAGAGAGAAACAAGAUUCAAAGUGAAAUGGAUGGAUUGCUGUCAGACAAGGAAAUUCUUAAGGCAGCUGUUGAACGUCAUAAGGUGCUUUUAGUAGAAAAGGAUCGGGAGCUAAUUCGUAAAGUGCAAGCUGCCAAAGAGGAAGUUUUUGAAAAAAUUGCAGCCUUACAGGAUGAAAAGUUAGAACUCGAGAACAGAUUAACUGAUCUAGAGAAGAUGAAACUGGAACAAGAUACUUGGAGACAAUCUGAAAAGGAUCACUAUGAAGAGAAACUACGUGCUGUACAGAUGGCAGAAGAAUCUAGCAAAAAGGAACUUCAGCGUUUGCGAUUAAAAAUUCAACAGCAAGCUAUUCAGACAGAGGAGUUGGAAGAAAAGAAACGUGAAAGUGCUGAUCUGAAACAG